AUGAUCAAAAAGCCGUAUAAACACGUUUUUGUCACAGUUGGUACAACUGAAUUUGAGGAUCUCGUACAAGCAGUAAUCUCUGUGAAAGUUCUAAAACAGUUGGACUGUUUAGGCUGUGAAACCCUUACGAUACAGUUUGGAAGAGGCACGGAACCACGAAUAGAAAGUAUUGAAAAUCCUACGAACAUUCGCGUUUCUGGCUAUGGUCUCAAAAACAGUAUUGGUGAGGAUAUAUGCAGAGCGGAUCUCGUUAUCAGUCACGCUGGCGCUGGAAGUUGUAUAGAAUCUUUGGAAGCUGGGAAACCGCUAAUUGUUGUGGUGAACGAGACUCUGAUGAAUAACCAUCAAACGGAAUUAGCCGAACGCCUCAGCAAGGACAGCCAUCUAUUUUAUUGUACACCGGAUACACUGCUACAAACAUUAACGGAAUCCAAUUUCAACUUAUUACAAAAACUUGGUGCCGGAGCGCUAGAUAGCUUCGUAAAUCAUUUGGAUAAAUUUAUGGGAUUUCUGUAA